AUGCCAAUUCAAGCGGAGGUCGAACCCGAAUUUUUACAGGCCUUGGAAAAUCACACAGUAACACAGGGCCGGGAUGUGCACUUCACCUGUGUUGUCAAUCAUUUGUCAAAUUACAGGGUGGCGUGGAUUAAAUCCGACUCGAAAGCAAUUCUUGCCAUUCAUACGAACAUGGUGGCUUUGAAUCCUCGCCUGUCAGUUACCUACAACAAUCACAACACGUGGAAACUUCACGUCAGUAAUGUGCAAGCAAGCGAUUCCGGUACUUACAUGUGCCAGGUUAACACAGAUCCUAUGAAAAGCCAGAUGGGUCAUUUGGCGGUCCUAAUUCCUCCCGAUAUCGUGGACACGGCGACCGAAGGCAGUUCAGCAAGAGAGGGUGGAAACAUCCGACUGACCUGCACGGCAACCGGAGUUCCACCUCCCACUGUGAUGUGGAGAAGAGAACAUAAUCAGCCCAUAGUCUUCAGACACGAUGGAGGACGGGAGAAAAAGGGUAAAGUACUUUAA